AUGGAUAGCGACAGCGAUAGCGACAGACCCGUUGAGGUCAAACAGAAGUCCCGAAAGCCUCCUAACACCGCGUUCCGACAGCAGCGUCUUAAAGCCUGGCAGCCUAUCCUCACUCCUAAGACAGUUCUGCCACUGUUUUUUUGUGUCACAAUAAUAUUUGCUCCUCUGGGAGGCGUCAUGUUAUGGGCUAGUAACCAAAUACAGGAGCUUAGGAUUGACUAUUCGUAUUGUGAGACUGAAGCAACAGACACGCUUUCAGAGAUCCCAAGUAAAUAUUAUAACUACCACUUUGACAACAAUGCUCAACCUAGCAACAAGCCCCAGUGGCGUAUCGUCGACCAGGCAGAUAACUAUACCGUUAAUACAUUUGGCAUCAAUAUUCCUGUCAGCAAGGUUUGCCAGUUGCAAUUCGAUAUUCCUACUAACAUGGGUCCCCCAGUUUAUAUGUUUUAUCGUUUGACCUCUUUUUAUCAAAACCAUAGACGCUACGUUCAGUCCUAUAAUGAAGAUCAAAUCAAUGGAAAGGCCGUGACUAACAGCUCUCUUAAAAGCAAAGACGACUGCAAGCCUCUAACGUUAAAUCCAGACGGUAUUGCUUACUACCCAUGCGGCCUUAUUGCCAAUUCUUUCUUUAACGAUACAUUUUCUUCUCUUGUCCUUCUUAACCCCUCUGCAGGCCAAUCUGAAGACUACUUUGAUAUGACUGAAAACGGUAUUGCUUGGGCUACUGAUAGAAAUCGUUUUAAAAAGACUCAAUACAAUGCCAGUUCUGUUGUUCCACCUCCAAAUUGGGCUAAUAUGUUCCCCAACGGAUACACAGAAGAUAACAUGCCAGAUAUUGAAAACUGGGAAUCGCUUCAAAAUUGGAUGCGCACAGCCGGCCUUCCUACUUUUUCUAAGCUUGCACGCAGAAAUGACGAUACCGUUUUGCUUCCCGGAACUUAUCAAGUGGAUAUCGGCACUAAUUUUCCCGUGACUAAAUACCGAGGCUCUAAGUCUCUUGUGCUUACUACCCGAAGUGUUCUUGGUGGACGCAACCCAUUUUUAGGUAUUGCAUACCUUGUCAUUGCCGGUAUUACUUUUGCACUUGGUAUGAUCUUCUUGGUUAAGCAUUUGAUUAAACCUAGAAAGCUUGGUGACCAUUCCUAUUUGACUUGGAAUAAUGAGCAGUCUGCCACUGGUACUUCUUCGGGUGUCGGAAGAGAUGCGGAUGGCCUGCGCAACCGUUAA